AUGGCGGAGCCCUUGGAAGCUUUGUAUUUCGCUGUUACCAACAUUCCUGUGAAAUUUAGGUCCGCUGACCUCCGAAACUACUUCAGUCAGUUUAUUGAGAGCUGCGGAUUUAUUUGUUUUCAUUACAGGCAUCGACCCGAGGUCCGAAAAGAGACAGCGAGUUCUGUCGGUGAACAGAAAACAGAAAAUCUCGAGACAGACGACGCACAGGGCACCUCCAGUAACGAGAAUGGUAGAAGUAGUCCCACCGAAGAAUCGUCCCAAAGUACAGAGACAACAGCGGUUAAACAUACGUCUUGUUGCUGUGUAGUGUCCGUCCAUGCCAAGGAGGCUGAUCGGUUCAUGAAGAUGUAUUCAGGAAACCAAUGGAUCAACUCAUCAGGGAACUGGCUUGCGAAAUGCUGCAUCAUCAGAAGAGUUCGUGUUUCUUCGCAGACUGGGGACGACACCUUCCCUUACCGCACGAAAUCUCAACAGAGGCGACGUGUGGCCCUGAGUGAGCGCUUCACCGAGUCGGACCUGAAGACCCUGCCUGAACUCAACCCGCCGUCGCUGAUGCCCGCGGGCAACGUGGGCACGCCUGUCACCGUCUUCCUGCAGCUCAUCCAGUCGUGCCGCCUGCCCCCGCGCCUCAUCCGCAAGCUGGGCCUCACCUUCCCCAAGACCGGCUCCAGCCGCCGCUACGGCAACGUGCCCUACCAGUACCGCGGCAGCGAGGAGGUGGUGGUGCCCGCCUCCGGUGCGGAGGAGAGCGUCUUCACGGCGGCAGGGCAUGAGAUCUGCGGCCCUGGGAAAGUGCCUCCUCCUGUGGGGGGAGGUGGAGGAGGAGAAGGUGGUACUCAGCCGAGCUCUACAGACACCAUAGAGAGAGAAGAGCAGUCGAAGGCAGAGGAGGAAGAGGAGGUCCAGUCUGAUGCUGAUGAUGACGAUGACCGGUGCGAGGAGUGGGAGCGUCACGAGGCGCUGCACGAGGACGUGACGAGUCAGGAGCGCAGCAAGGAGCGUCUCUACGAGGAGGAGAUCGAGCUCAAGUGGGAGAAGGGAGGCUCCGGCCUGGUCUUCUACACCGACGCCCAGUUCUGGCAGGAGGAGGAAGGAGACUUUGAUGAACAGACGGCCGACGACUGGGACGUGGACAUGAGUGUGUACUACGACAAAGAUGGAGGAGACAAGGACGCCAGAGACUACGUGCAGAUGCGUCGGGAGCGGAGGAGAAGAGACGGCCUGAGAAAAGACACGGCCAGCUCCUCACAGCAGCACAUUGGAAGCUUUGAGAAGUUCACCAAGGGUGUGGGAAGGCGUGUGAUGGAGAAGCAGGGCUGGAGAGAGGGUGAAGGAUUGGGUCACAGCCAAGUGGGAAUGGCUGAAGCGCUUGAGAAUGAGGGACAGCAUCCAAACUGCAAGAGGGGCUUUGGCUAUCACGGAGAAAAGCUGAACACCUUCAUUCCUCCGAAAAAACCUCGAAAGGAUUUCCACAUUUCCACGGUGUAUGAUAAACCCCUUGAGAUUGAUAAAGGCGACGAUCUACUGCGACGCCAGCCAAACACCAACAUGAAGUACAGAGACUGGAGGCCAGGGGGCAGUAUUGGACCACGUAGCUCAGCGCCGUAUAGCUGACGGACUUGAUACUUUUUUUUACACACACAAAAAAAAUAUAUUUUGUAUUUGUACUGUUAGUUUCCGUACAGUACAUCAUGUUUAAAGUAUUGUAUUUUGUAUUUGUACUUUUUUUGUAACUUUUUUCCUCAGUAAAAUAUUUAUUGUAUUGAUGCUGCUCUUGUUUAUAGACUGAAUGGUGGAUAUUUUUGCGAUUAA